CUGAUCAAACUCACCGGCCUGUAGCUUUCUAGUAAUCCUGAACACCUUGAUUAGCUUGUUCAGGGUUAGAGCUAAACUCUGCAGAACAGUGGAUCUUGAGAGCCAGAGGUUCCCACCCUUGGUUUAGACUGGUGGUAAUUACUUUUGGCAGAGCCUUGUUUGGAAGAUGAACAGUCUCUCUCCAGAGGUGGCACUGAGCCGGAUUUCUCCUGAGCUGCGGCCUUUACUCUGCACUGUGGUGCGCAAUGGACGGGUCGGUUUAGACUCAUCUAGCUGUCUCCGGAUCACUGACCUCAAGAGUGGCUGCACAUCACUAAUGCCUGGUCCUUGUUGUGACAGAUUCAAACUUCAUAUUCCAUAUGCUGGAGAGACUCUCAAAUGGGACAUCAUCUUUAAUGCCAGUGACCCAGAACUGCCCCCUGACUUUAUCUUCGGAGAAGAUGCUGACUUCCUUCCUGAACCAUCUGAACUCCCGCACUUGGUGUCGUGGGAUGCGGGUAAACCGGAGUGUCUCCUGCAGCUGGUGAAAGAGCUGUUGCAGCAGUACCAUCAGUACCAGUGCCAACGGCUGCGCGAUAGUUCCCGCCUGCUCUUCGAAUACGACAGCCUGCUGGAAGACCCUGACUAUGGACGCAGUAUGGAGAUCUACGCCGGCCGCAAGAACAGCUGGACGGGGGAGUUUUCUGCUCGAUUCCUUCUCAAACUCCCUGUGGAUUUUAGCAACAUUCCCAUCUAUCUUCUCAAGGACACAGCAUUGGAUCCAGGAGAGGAUGUGGCGCUUCUAUCUGUAAGCUUUGAAGAUGCUGAAGCCACACAGGUCUUUCCAAAACUCUACCUGUCUCCCAGCAUUGAGCAUGCACUUGGAGGGUCUUCUGCAUUACAUAUCCCAGCAUUCCCCGGUGGAGGCUGCCUCAUUGACUACGUGCCUCAAGUGUGCCAGUUACUCACAAACAAGGUUCAGUAUGUCAUUCAAGGAUAUCACAAGAGGAGAGAAUACAUUGCUGCCUUUCUCAGUCACUUCGGAAUGGGGGUGGUAGAGUAUGAUGCUGUUGGGUUCACCAAGCUCACCCUUCUGCUUAUGUGGAAAGACUUUUGCUUCCUGGUCCAUGUGGACCUGCCUUUGUACUUCCCUCGAGAUCAACCCACCCUCACGUUUCAGUCUAUCUAUCACUUCACCAGCAGUGGGCAGCUCUACUCUCAGGUGCAGAAAUCUUAUCCUUACAGUCCACGCUGGGACGGCAACGAGAUGGCCAAACGAGCUAAGGCUUACUUCAAGAGCUUUAUCCCUCAGUUCCAGGAGGGGGCUUUUGCCAAUGGUAAACUGUAGAUUUACAGUGUGGUUUACAGUAGGAGUUCUCUGAUUGUACAGUUGGAGUUGAAUGGAGGGCCUGUGGACAUGAUGUACAGGAGACAGCAUGUACUCAGAGUCAAACAGGAGUCUGUUGAAGAAACCUGUGACACAAGUCUCCCAACUGGCCCUCUUUAAUGUUUCUGCCCUUAAGCAAUGUCAUUUGGUACAUUUAAAUGUACUGUGUGUAUUUUUUUUUUUUUAUAAUUUAUAUGCUGUUUGUUUUUUGUUUUUCUCAUAUUCUUUAAGAAUAUAUUACAACAAUAAAUCAAGUUGCUACUUUCCUCA